UCCAAUCCAAUCUCAGCCUCAACGACAACGACUCGACUUUGUCGACGUUCACAUGACCAUGAGCGCCCGAGUUCCCACUCGUGCCUUGCUGGCCCUGGCGACUCGCAAUUCUCCAGCCCCGAUCCUUUACCAGACUCGGACGCUGGCCGCCAGCCUAUUGCAACACCAACAACAAAACCAUUAUUCGACCUCCGAGUCCGACUCGACCUCCGACUCCCGCGAUGGGCCGUCGCCGAAAGUGCAGCCCGGGGCAAGACCGCGGAGAAGUUUCCUGCAAAGAAAGGCCGCCACGAUAUCAUCACUGCCGCGCCGGCAGUCCAAACCGCAAGGACAAAAUCCCGAGCCGGCCGCUGCCGAGCUGGACGACGAGCCCCAAGAAGAGCCCAUCUCUCCCCGUCCCCCUCCCCAGACGAGACCCCUCACUAUGACCAGCGACGAGAAACAGAUCUUCGGAACCCUACUCGAGCAACUGAGCGCCGAGCGACGCAGUCCGGCCCCGGAAGCCGUCGAGUCCGGGAGCGGCACCAAGUCGAGCUCGCGCAACGAGGUGCGCGAUGAACUGUCAAAUAUAUCAAACAUCUUCAACUCGGUGCUGCAUGAUCUGCGGGUCAAGCGAGAGCGGGUGCCGACUCACAGCACACGACAGGCGGAGCCGGAAAUGAUAACAGAAGAACGAAAAAUGGCGGAUGAGAGGCUCCAGGCGGGGGAUUACACGGACGACGAGCUGGCGGAGAUGCUGUCCUCGGGACAGGUUUCGAUGGAUCGCGCCAUCGCGUCUGUGAUCGCACGCGAGUCGUCGAAGAUUGAGGAUGCGAUGUGGGAGGCCAUCGAGGAAGGGAAAGACGAGGCCAGCUUGUGGAGCGUCUGCCAGGGGCGCGUGUUUACCAUUGUAAAUUAUGCCCGCGGUCAGGACGACAAGACGGUCCAGUCCCCGGUGGAUUGGGGCAGCGAUCAGAGACAUCGUCUUGCGAUCCCCGCCUGCGUGCCAGUGGAGCCCAUCAUCAUCGAACUGUACCCCAACAUGCUCCUUCGCGCGUUCCGGCUGCUGACGCUGCAUUUCCCCAAAUCGCAGCUGAUUCGCCAGUUCCGCGCUACCAUCCGGUCGAUGGGGAAGAAAUCGGCCAUCAUGGGCGGGUCGACGGACCUGUUUAAUGAGCUGAUCUAUUUCCACUGGCGCGGCUGCUCCGAUCUUCCCGGGGUGGUGUCGUUACUGCGGGAGAUGGACGUGACUGGCGUGGAACCGAACGCGCGGACACUCGGGCUGCUGCAGUCGAUUGCCAGCCAGCGGGAGCAGGAUCUCAGCACACACCGGCAAAAGGUCCAGCGUGAGAAGCUGUGGAAGGAGCAAGAGGAGGAGCAAGAGGAGCAAGAGGAGGAGCAAGAGGAGGAGCAAGAGGAGGAGCACGAGGAGGAGCAAGAGGAGCAAGAGCAGAAGCAGCCAAAGAAGCAACGGGAGGCAUCAUCGACCCUGAUCCGUGAGCCGUGGUGGGAUCUGGCACCUAACCGGAAAGCCGUGCGGGAGUUGUUUGGGCCGGAUGGCUGGAUGGAGCGGCUACAGGUGCGACUGCGGCUGGUGCGGCUGGCGAAUAUUGCCCGCACAGUUCGCGAAAAGUCAAGUGCAAGUGCCUAAGUAGUAUUUGUGAACCUUGACACAUAUUAG